UAAAAACCAGCAGAAAUGAAAGCUGGCUCUGAUGAAGAUAUUGAAAUUGAAAAUGAAUCUGACAGAACUGUAUCGACAAGCCAACUGUUAGAUGCAGUAAGAAGUGAUGAAACAGAGGAAAAUGGAAGAAUGGCUGUAACAGACGAUGAUGCAACUGAGACAUCAACUCCAGAAAUACUUGCUGAGAGUGAAGAGGGUGAAGCUGAUGGAACGCUGUCAACAAGAAAGACUUUGGAUGUACUUACGAGCGACAGUGAGGAAAGUGGAACUAUUGCUGAAAUUGAUGAGUAUAAAACUAAAACAGAAUUGACAAAACCAGAAUUGCUCAAUCACAGUGAAAUUUCAUUGGAUCAUGACCCGGAGAUGGAAGAGUGUUCAAUUAAAAAGGUGGAGCUCGAUGCUGAUAUGUACAGGCAGAUGCUUGAGGACCUAGCUCAGGAGAACUUUUCAAAAGGGAAUAAAAUGUUUGUUUAUCCUCAGGUAGUGAAGCUUGAUCAAGAUAUAGAAUUGUUCCUAAAUCGAAGUCUUUCCACUUUGAAAGAUGAGCCAGAUGUUUUGAUCAUGGGAGCCUUCAAUGAUUGGAGAUGGAAACAUUUCAUGGUAAAAUUGAAUAAAACUCAUCUUAAUGGAGAUUGCGAGAGUGUUUUCAAUAUAUAA